UCUCACUCGAGGGGGGGGGGGUGGAUUCACGUUAUGUUUUUGAGUGGUUCCCCCUAUUUCGAAUGAUAUUAGUAUUAAAAAAAUUCUUUUACAGAGUUUGUUUUGAAUUAUUGCAUAUUAAUUAUCUAUGUUUGCUCACUCUCCCGCUCUCUCCCCUCCUCUCUCGCCCUCUUCAUCACUCUCCAACUCUUUACCCCCCCCCCCAAUACACCAACCAAUCAGUACCCUCUUUCAAUUGUGUUUGUUUUCAAUCCCGUUCUCUUUGUCUCUCUCCUCCUCUUUAAUUAAUUGUAUUCUAUCAUCAUUCUCAUGUUAUCUGGCCCGUCCACGCGCCGCCAACUCUGUCCCCAGCUGCAACUCGGUGAGCCCCAGUUGACCCCCUUCAUGUUGUGAUAGUGUUGCUGGUAUUCUCAUGUGUCUCGAUAUCCAUAGCCCCAGCCAGCCCACCGCGGAUCUUCCAGGCUUUUUGUGCCCUGAUUAUCAACCAAGAUGUUGUGGUGCCGAUAAGUCGCCCUAUAUAUCCCUGUACACCAGAAUCCGGCUAAGAGGGAGAAUUUAAGCGGGCAGGACUUGUCAAAUCGUUGGGUUUCCCCUCCAAAGACCCACUCUAAAACACAUUACACCCGGUUCUAUCAGAGAUGACAUGGUAUCGGAUAUUUAUUAGCCCUCUUUCAGCUUGAUACUUUUAAAUCUAAUUGGUUUCACGGAUCUGAAGUCCCAUAAAACAGACUUCAGGUUGAAUUUCUAUACAAUGUUCUCUCCCGACGAUCUCUCGAACAAUUGAAACGCACAUUGUCGAUAUAUCGAAACGUUGAUCGUCAAAGAAGGGUAUGGAUAAUGCAUCCGCGUACAGGCAGUAAAAUUUUAUUCAGUCACCAUCUUAAGAUCGGGGAACAGACGCGGAGUGGAAGAAGGUAAAAAGAACUCCCGGGAAGAUAUAACAUAAUAUACCAUGAUGACGUCACUCCACCUACCUCGGUCGUCACCCACCGUGUUGCUACUGGUUACCGUGGCUACGACAGUACUUGCUUUAGACUUGUCAUGUAAUUUACCUCAAAUACCAAGAGAUCUCAUAUUCCAUAUCACCUUUCGAACGAGAAAUAUAACUCGUAACCAACCGGGGGACACAGGCAGAGAUUACCAACUUGAAGCUUUCGUUGACUGGUCUCAUUUCAAUUCAUCAAGAUCGGGAUAUGCUGUUCGAUUCGUGAAAAACAGCGUGCGAGACGAGAUGGUGUUUCAGUGUGUCAGGCACCUCAGUGGUUACAAUUACACGUCAACACAGUCGUUCACAUUCCGGAAUCUCAGUUACGGUUUCCAACAUCAAUUCCGGAUUCGGACAGCUAACAUGACCACCUUUGACACGGCCCCGAUGGUCCGGAGGGAGGAUAAAUAUGCUCCAGACUGCUUUGAAGAAACCGGAGAUGAAGAAUAUUGUAUCAACCAACCCAUCGAGUUUACCAGCAAGCCACGUGACCUGACAAUCGAUUGCUCAGAAGUGGAUUACGAUCACAAUACCUCGAUAGUAUCCCUGAGCUGGUUGCCUCCCCUGCAGGUCAACGGUAAUCUCUCCUUCUUCAUGGUGACCUAUCAGCCCAUCAACGAUACCAGUAUCGUUCAAUCGCUCGAGAGGGUGUUCAUUAACGAAAAAGAAUGGAACGAUAGUCUCUCUUUUCGCUUCAAUUUUACCUUAACGGAUCUUGUUUAUGGAGUGGUCUAUGAAAUAUCGGUAGUCCCUUGGCUGGAUGGGCCAAUGGCCAGGCCGUCACCAUAUCAAACCAACAUCAUCUUUGACACGGCUUCAUCUGAGCAACCCUGUAGUGUUCCAUCGUCUCUUGGGCCAUCACUGACCGGGGCACCUUCCAUCAAACCCAACAAGAUCAGGGUGGAUCCAAUUCUCCUGGCCGGGGUUCUGGGCGCCACGGUCCUCCUAAUCUUGAUCGUUGGUUCCUUCACCUACUUCAACAAACGACGCCUGUCGGCCAAUGAGAAGGCUGUGUUUGUGAGAUACCCGGAUGAAAUCAGCACCACCUAUUCGUGCUCCAUCAAGAAAGAUACCUACAAUGUUUCUCAGGGUCUUGACCCGGAAGUAGAACCUGUCUUUCAAAAGAUGGAGUUCGACCGAUCGCUGCUGAAGAUCGAGGAGAUCCUUGGCAGUGGCCAGUUUGGCACGGUCUACAAAGGAUUCGCGUACGGCAUCGACGGAAAAGAGAAGUACAUACCAGUUGCUGUCAAGAGUCUGAGAGAGAACGCGACGAGGUCGAUGAAAGAAGAUUUCCUUGAGGAGAUCAAGCUCAUCGUGGAGAUCGGCCACCACCCCAACAUCCUCCCCAUCUUGGGAUGUUGUACCGCAGAUGAACCCCAUUACCUCAUCACCGAACUCAUGGACUAUGGCGAUCUCCUUCACUUUCUUUGGAAAUGCAGAGAGGAGAAAAAUGCUGCCAAUGAUCCUAUUUAUAAGAUGACACCGACGGGGCAGCUUCAGAUUGCAAUCCAGAUUGCGAGAGGAAUGGAGUACCUCUCAACAACGCUAUAUUACCAUGGUGAUUUGGCUGCGAGAAAUGUUCUGGUUGGUAAGGGACUUAUCUGCAAGAUCUCUGAUUUCGGGCUAGCAGACGACAUUUACCAGAGAGGUUAUAAGAGGUUGGCGCCAGAAAGGAAGCGACCGGUUAAGUGGGUUAGUUUGGAGACCAACACGCAAGGGAAAUGCAGUAUACAAAGCGAUGUGUGGUCAUUUGGCAUCGUUCUGUAUGAGAUUUACACCCUUGGUGGCGUCCCAUACCCUGGGAUGGAUGGGCGAUAUGUCAUAUCAAAGCUCCAGCAAGGCUACAGAAUGGAAAGACCCACCAUGUGCCCAGAAGAAAUUUACGAGAUAAUGAGACGGUGCUGGCAGGAGAAUCCCCACCAUCGACCCUCAUUCACAGUCAUGUACAACGCGUUGGACGCGAUGCUGACGCAGAACGUAGACUACUUGACGGAGCUGGAGAUGGACUUCACACACUACGAAUUCGUGCCUUGUCAGGAGGUGGAUACCUGCUCCACGACAUGGGGAGAGAGCGAAACGUCUGGGAAAGGAGACAACGGGAUCAUCUCGCCGCCUCAGCUGGGGAAAGAUAGCAAGUUUGAUGCCCAGACGUACUCCUCGGAACAGCAAAUCAGUCAGGAUUCUGCCUUUUCCGAGAGUAGCGCCCUCUCCGGCGAACUCAACGAAAUCGGUUUAUGGUGGCACUGGACAGUUGGAUUCCACGAGAAGACGUCCUUAAGUGCGCCCUUCCCGUCCAUGGAGUUUAUUCCUAUCAGGGAGUAUGAUACUGAUUCGGUUCAUAGUACAGACAGUGGGAGAUCAGUGGACAGUAUGAGGACUACAAGCUUGUGUUGAUAAAAAAAAAAACUAGACCUGACUUCUUGUGGAACGUACUACUGUGGCGAUUUCCAAUUCAAUUUCAAGAAAGGAUUAGCGACAGCGGACGCUUUGGUAUGACAAGCGCCGGUUUUGCGAUCCCAUGCAUCUUGGACCAGGACAAUGUUGGUGACCCGCUUGGACCAAGCCACAACUAAGCAUUUGUGCUUUCUGCCAGUCUUACAAGGUGUAAUAUUUUAUUGUGCAAUGAUCAGUCUGGUUGCAGCUUGUAACUGCUAUGUUCUAUAAAUGCUGCAAGUUACUUGAUGCCCAACCAUCUCAUAGCCUAGGUUUUUAGAUGUGAACUAAAUGGAAACUGUUCCCUUUAACUUCCUUUGAUUGGAUUUACAGGACUUGGCUGUAAAGUUUUAUUUUUAUAUUUCUUUGACGUACAAUGGUGUGCGUGUGUGUGUGUGGGUGUGUGAGGGUGUGUGUGGUUAGUUUACAUUCAUGAUGUAUGACGAGAGAUGAUUUAUUAUUAAAUGUGAGUAUACCCCAUCCAAUACUCUCCUCCCCCUAUACUCCCCCUCA